AUGAUCAAAGGUGGAUAUGGAGGAGGGGGCAAUGCCUUUUCUUUCUAUGCCGAUGAUGGUAACUAUGGAUCAGGAAGUGGCGGAGGUCAAACCGCUGUCAAAUUCGUGUCAAAUGACCUUUGGCAUCGAGUGAUAGUUGCAGGUGCUGGAGGCGGUUCCGAUAAUUAUUUUUAUGCUGACUCAUAUAAUAGCUACGAUGAUGGCUCAGGAGGAUCGGGCGGUGGCCUUACCGCACAAUGA